CCGAUAACUCCGCUUCUGAAAACACUUGACUGACUCGGAGAAGGCAAGCGAAGUCGUCCCUCGCUCGUUAAAGGCGCCCGAAGUUCUCCGGAUCUUACACAUGGUGCAGAAGAUGAUACUUUUACCGGGGAUCCUCCUCGUCCUGGCUGGUGUCACGAGCGCAAAAUCACGAAGUUAUGUCUCGACGACACUCGGCGAAUAUGGGAGCUCGACGGACAACGUACCUACUGCACCAACUAACAUCUCGCCAACAGUUCCAGCCCUCGAAACGACAACGGAGGAAAGCGCAGGAUCUUCUGAAGAAGAAGCGAUUGAAAAAUUGGAAUUCAAGAUCGAUUCGAGAAGUGAUGAAAGAAAGUUCACAAGCAUGAUGAAGAACAUCCAUCGGCUGGCGAACGGCGACUACCUUUACCAGCGAGACAUCCGAAUUGGGGAGAAGCAGCUGCGACAACUCUAUGGCGUAGAUGAGUCCGGAGACGAACGAUCUUACCUCUGGCCCAACGCCAGCAUUCCAUACAAGAUCGGCAGAAAAGUUACACAGUUUGCGGAUCAAAUCCGAAGUGCCAUGAAGCAGUGGGAGAAGAGCACGUGCGUUCGAUUUCACGAGCUACGCAAGGCUGUCCACACUUCAGAUUACGUAAACUUCGUACGGGCUCACUGGGCGUACUCCUACCUGGGCAAGCAAGGGGGCAGGCAGAGGAUCGCAGUGCCCAGCACCUAUUUCCCUGACACGCACUACGCGCACCUGCUGGGCCACGCGAUGGGACUGCGGCACACCCAGGCCGCCGCCGACCGCGACGUCAACUUCCUGGUGGCCUGGCACAGCGUGCCGAGCCGGUACCGGUACAACUACGAUAGCGAGGGCGAAUCAUACGCAUCCCGGACGCGCCUUUUGGGACUCGAGUCCGAGUCCGGAUUCGACUGGAACUCCGCGAUGGACUACCUGGCUCAAGACCCUGGUGCGGCAGGUUACAUCGAGGCAGAGGAUGACAAGGUUCUGUAUCCAAUGGACCCAUUCUACUUGCAUCAGACAUUGCACACAGAGGAGCCAGGAUUCAUAGACAUCAAGAAGCUUAACAUGCUGUAUCGAUGCAAUGAGCGGUGUUCGAAUCUAAAAAGCACCCGAUGUUUUCAUGGUGGAUACCUCGGUCCAAGCUGCACCUGUGUCUGUCCGGCAGAUGCAAUUGGAGAUUACUGUGAACACAAGACAGCGACCAAAAAAGGCAUGUGCGGAGAAGUUCUCACCGAAAAUGCCACGGUACACUUUACGGCCAGUGAGCACGGCAGCAGUCACUGUACAUGGUGGAUUCGCGGGCCCGAGGGAAGCCGAACGGGACUGACUUUCACCAGCAUCUCAGUUGACAAUGCAAGACACGGACCCGGAAGUUGUGAUCUGCAGUUCGAGCUGAGGAGCCACGACAUGUACAAGGGCGAGAGGCUCUGUUGGUACGAAAUUUCAGAGGCGACUGCCGUGUAUGCCCGUGGUCAUGAUUUUCUCAUUGAUUACUUUGGCCCCGAAGACGCAAACUUCAACUUCACAUUGGCGGCAUUCAUCGUGGGCACUACUGAAUAAACUAUUCUAUAACUACA